GCUACUUCUACUGUCCUGCUGCACAUGCAAAGCUGACAAUGUACAUUAAAACCUACAUUUGAUCCAUUCUUGAUAUGUUCUGUACUAGAGUUGCCACAGGAGCUGAUCCCUGCUCAGCAAAACAUGACUGAUGAGAUGAAGAGAGGGCAGCCACUGCAAAAAGCAGGAAGGACGGCUGUAGGGAAAGAGGGAUUCGCUGAGCUUCCAAACCAAUAUGGAGGGAACUGUCCCCCUGAGUUUCAUGAGCACAGGGGGCAAUGCUUCGGCUUCUUUAAUAUCCCCCGGGCUUGGAUAGAUGCCGAGAAAUAUUGUUGUUUGUGGUUUGAUGUCAACCUCGCCUCCAUCCAUGAAUGGGAUGAGUAUGUUUUCGUAAUAAAGCUCAUGAAUGAAAUGGGAUACCAUGGUCCGGCCUGGAUUGGCGCCUCUGAUGCUGUCAGGUUUGGAGAUUGGCUAUGGAGUGAUGGUUCAGUAACUGAUUUCAACAUGAACCCUGACUGGAAUAAAUGGGGACGUUGCCUCUCAAUAGGUUCAAAUGAUUACCCCACAUCGAAACGUCACGAUUGUGAAGAGAGUCUUCCUUUCAUUUGUGCACGUAGACCAGGGCUGUGUUAAGCACUUACCUGCAAUCAAUCACAUGAAACCAAAAUCUAAAAUUCCUUUCCUUUUUUGCAAAAUAAAAGUGGUUUCUCUUAAAUCAUAGCUCAGUUCUGUUUUAUUUAUUUCUCUUCAUGCAU